AUGGCCCCUCCGUCUAAGCUCGCUAUAGCAACUGGCGUCGUGCUCCGCUUAGUGAAGGAGGAAGCAAGCUACCACAAAGAGAUUGAGCAGCAAGAAGCACGCGUCAAGAAGGCCGAAGCCAGUCAAGAUGAACACAAUGGCGAAUACACACUCAAGCAAGAGCGUCAAGCACUCCAGGAGACCAAGAACGUACUGCCAGGCAUGAAGAUCAAGAUUGAGCAAGCGGUUGAGAAGCUGGAAGAAGAACUUGAGAACAGUAGCGAGGCUUCCGAGGAGGAAGUCACAAAGGCAAAGGAGGCGGUUGCAAAGGGAAAGGCUGCCAUGAGUGAGGCUUCGUAA